AUGUCCGACAAAAUUCUCGUCCUCAUCACCGGUGCCAACCAAGGUCUUGGCUACUACGCCGCACAACAACUCGCCGCGACUGGCAAUCACCACGUCCUAAUAGGCAGCCGCGACGUCAACAAAGCCCACAAAGCCAUCGAGACCCUCGCCGCCGACUCUUCCAUCAAAGUCUCCGCAUCCGACUUCUCCGCCCUGGAAAUCGAUGUAAACUCGGACUCCUCCAUCGCAUCCGCCGCCAAAGAAGUAGAGCAAAACUACGGAAAACUGGACAUUCUACUCAACAAUGCAGGAGUUGCUCAAGCCCAAGAAGCAAACCCUGAUGGCUCAGGCCCAAGUUUAAGGGAGAUUUACCGCGCUCACUACGAAACCAAUGUCUUUGGCGCUUCUUGCGUAACCGAAGCCUUCCUCCCCCUUCUCCGCAAAGGCCACACCAAACGCCUCGCAUUUACAUCUUCCGGUCUUGCAUCCCUUGCCCUUGCCUCCACACCCGAUACACUUUACGCAGCAAACAAUUACCCCAUAUAUCGCUCUACUAAAUCUGCUUUGAAUAUGAUCAUGUUGGGCUAUGCGUUGGGACUUGAACAAGAAGGGUUUGUGGUGUCAGCGGCGGAUCCGGGGUAUUGUGCCACUAAUUUGAAUGGCAAUUCUGGGUUCAAGGAUCCGAGGGAGGGGGCCAAGGAGUUGGUAAAGAGUUGUGUGGGAGCAAAGGAGGAGGUCCAUGGGGUUAUGGUCAGUGAUGAUGGAGUUGUUCCUUGGUAG